GCAACUGCGUAAACAUGACUGGUACGUCUGCACUGCUGGAGCUGUGAAACUUGAGAGUGGAAAUGUAUUAGAACUGUAGGCUGCAUUUAAAGUUGAGUAACGCUUUCGUUACAUUUCACGUCUGUACUAACAGUCUAGGUAAGUUAAACUGAUGGAAAGCAAGCUAGUCAGUGACACGUUAGCUAGCUAACUACGCAAAAAAUCCAAGUCACUAAGCUAGCUAGUCGUGCUGUAGUAUUUCAGUUUUCGCAGCUACAGCUUGCUCGUCUGCCGCAGCUUACAGACUGAAGGCAAGAAUCGUUUCUUCGAUAGUUGACAUUCGCCGGCGAGACAUCUCUACUCGGUCCAAAUGGGAAAUUCUUUCUUCAGGCCCUGUUUUUUUCUGGAGCUGACUUGUUAGCCAGGUUAUAAGCACACCUUUGGCAUUCUUCUUUAGAUGAGCGGAGUAGCAGCCAGUCUUUGGUUGCCGUUUGGCACGAUAUUCGUUUAAUAGUCAAUCAUGUUUUCUGUGAAGCCCCAGAAACCAACAUUUAAAUCAUAUCUUCCUCCUUUACAGACUGAUGUGAAGAAAAAUAUUCAGCCACCGAUCAAGAAGUUGGAGGCCAAGUUACUUCCAGGGGAAAUUGUGGUGAAUGAGGUGAACUUUGUCAGGAAGUGCAUCGGCGCAGACAGCAGCCACGAUGAUCUGUGGGGGAAGUUGAUUUGCACUAACUUCAAGGUCUCCUUUGUCACCCAUGAUGCUCUUCCAAAGCAGAGGUUCCAGGUUGUCAACCGGCUCCUUGGAGACCAUGAUGUUCCCUUGGCGUGUGUCGAGCAAGUAGUAACAGUGAAUGAUGCCAAGGGCAAGCAGAAGGUCCUGGGGUCCAAUCAGAAGCUGAAGUUUAACCCCUCAGAGCUCAUACUGUACUGCAAGGACUUCCGCAUCAUCCGGUUCCGAUUUGACGAAGCUGGGCCAGAGAGUGCCAAGAAGGUGUGUCUGGCCAUCGCUCACUACUCCCACCCUGCUGAUACCCAGCUGCUGUUUGGGUUCGAGUACGUUGGGAAGAGAUACUACGGAUCCUCAGUGGAGCGGGUGAAUGGUGUUGACCCUGGGGCAGGCUCCCAGACCCCCCUGUUUGACCGGCCGUCCAAUUGGGACCGAGAGAUCAAGAGGACCGGGGCGGCGGAGUGGAGGGUGUGCUCCAUCAACGAGGGCUAUGUCCUCUCACCUAGUCUUCCAGAGUUCUUUGUGGUCCCCUCGUCCCUGGCGGAUCAGGACCUGAAGCAGUACUUGUGCUCCUUCACCGCUCGGCGCAUCCCUUUGUGGUGCUGGAAUCAUCCCAAUGGGAGUGCCCUGGUGCGCAUGGCGAGCAUCAGUGACCCACUGCAGCAGAGGAAGCUAGAACAGAGGAUAAACAGUGCCAUAACAAAGAGCCACCCACAGCGAAGUGACGUCCUGAGGUCCGACCUGGACAAGAGCCUGCCCACUAUCCAGGACAUCCAAGCUGCCUUCGUCAGGGUCAGACAGAUCUGCGUCAUAGAGCCUUUUGAGGAGUCUGAGGAGAAGUGGCUAUCAUCCAUGGAGAGCUCGCGAUGGCUGGAGUUUGUCAGGGCCUUCCUGAAACAUUCGGCCGAGGUGGUCUACCUGCUGGAGGGAAAGCGUGUGUCAGUCAUUCUGCAAGAGGAGGAGGACAGGGACCUGAGCUGUGUGGUGGCCUCCCUGGUGCAGGUGAUGCUGGACCCUCACUUCCGGAGCCUGGCAGGCUUCCAGAGCCUGGUGCAGAAGGAGUGGGUGAUGGCGGGCCAUCGCUUCCUCGACAGGUGCAACCACUUGAAGAGGAACGACAAGGAGGAAUGUCCUCUCUUCCUGCUCUUCUUAGACUGCGUGUGGCAGAUAAUGAACCAGUACCCGGCAGCCUUCGAGUUUACUGACAUGUACCUGACUGUGCUGAGUGAUAGCAUGUGGAUUCCCGUCUUCAGCACCUUCCUGUUCAACUGCCCCCAGCAGAGCGCAGAGCACAGCAUAGACUUUGCAAAGAGCAAGAGCAUUCAUCUGGGGGAGGAGAAAGUUCUAGGCUUCCCUCCUGUGUGGGACUGGUCGCAGCAGUUCUCCCUCAAAGACCAGGCUCUCUUCAACAACCCCAUGUACGUUGGCAAGGGCGCCACCUGCGUGCAGAACGGAGCGGUGAAAUCCUUCAAACGCACUAAGAAGAACUACAGCUCGACCCUGAGGGGAAUGCCCUCGGCCCUAAAGAACGGCCUGAUGGACAGCACGCUGACGCGGCGAAACUCCCUGGUGCUGCGGCUCAAGCCUGACUUCUCCCAGGUCAGGGAGGUGGUGGAAAGCCCCUCCGAGCGCUUCUUCAAGGACUGGUUCUCCCGGCCUGCUGACCUGCAGGGUCUACUCAUCCCCCUGCUCCUGCCCUCACACCUCGCCCUGUGGAGGCUUUACUUCCUCCGCUGGGUCCCGGAGGCUCGCAUCCCCAGAGGAGGCCCGGUCACAGCCUACCACAAGCUCUCCCAGCUGGCUGAUGAGAUCGAGAUGCUGCAGAACCAGCUCCGGCAAUACAAGGGGCCCACGCCAGCCAGCACUCCAGCCUCCACCCCCAGUGGGGCUCCGACAAACCAAAGCAAGAUGUACUUUAAGGCCAUGUCGCCCGUGGAUGCUCCCUCUUCUCCAGAUUACCUCAGCUCCUCCUUCCCCUUCUCCCCCGUGGGAAACCUGUGUCGCCGCAGCAUCCUGGGAACUCCCCUCAGCAAGUUCCUGAAUGGAGCAAAGAUCUGGCUGUCCACUGAGACCCUGGCCAAUGAGACGCUGUGAAGCCACACUGCAAAGGCAUCACCGCCUCACCCCAGUUUGUUUGUUUCAAAUAAAGUGGCGAGAAUCUUAUUUCAACCCACUCUGCAGGCCUGAUGUUGUUUGAAGCUGACUUCAUUGAAUGUGAUAAUAGUUUGUUUCAUUUUUGCACAAGAUUAUGAAUCUUUGCUGAAAUCGCACAUAUCUUUAAGGUGUUGCUGGUGUUGCUCUCUGUUGGUAGCAAGGUCAUAUUUGAUCAACAAUGUUAGGAUUGAGUGCAUUGUGUAAACAUUGGGAAGUUUAACAUUUUUGAGGGAAAUUGAUCACACUCUGGAGAAAAAGGGGAGCUCUUACAAGGUGUGAUGGACACAUUUUUAUAUUAUUCGUUUUAACAGGUGAUAUGGGUUAGUUUUUAUAGAUCAGGAGAGACCUUCUGGUAAGGUACUGAAAAAAGGCAAAGGGUCCUAAAUCACACUGCACACUAGGAAACUGGAUAGUGUUGUCACCACUAGUGACAAAUGGUUUGAACAGUUUCAAUGAUUUCCUCGUAAUGGCUCUUUGGCAUUGAAAGGCAUCAGUAAGUGAUGCAUCUAAGCUGUGGAUGAUACAACAGGACAGGCUGGAUACCUGUCCACCCCACCUGAAAACCCACUUGGUGGGCACUAUGGACUGAAGGACAGUUCAACUGAUGCUGAUCAUUGGUUAGGCCGUAGCCAAAAAGAGUGCUGUAGAGUGUUUUAGAUGUGUAGAAUGUGCUUACAUUGCACUUUCACUCUGUUCAUUUGACACCAGACUGUGGGGUUCUCUAUGAAUAUGUAGCGUGAAGGUGGUUGUUUUAGUUAUAGAUCUUUUAUUUUGUCAAACAUUGUACAGUUUAAAUGAGUUUUUUGGUGGAAUUUUUUUGGUUGACUUAUUUUACUAUUAAAAUAUGGUACUUUUUUUUUUUUUUACUUUUCAUUUAGUUUUCACGGCAUUUGUACACAAGCAUGUGUAUUGGGUAAUUUGACCACUAAUUCAUACCAAUGAUGCACUCAAUGUGGUUAUUGUACAGUAUGACAAUUGUGUUUGCAAAUUAUGCACAAUGUGAUACAGAUAAAUGGCACAUGUAUUUAUUAGGUUAUGCAAAUGUUUCAAACAGGGAUAUAGGAAAUAAUAUGUGCCUUUAGAGUAAGGGUUUAUCCACUGUGUUCAGUCUGUAUGGUCCUUUUUUAAUUUUUUUUCUCUCUAGAUGCUUGUUCUGGAGUGUAUGACUCAGUGUGCGCAAUAAUCCCUGAGUCUCACCAAAACUGGAGCUCAUAUUGGAGUCAUUGGUGUGUGCCAAUGCCAGUGAGUGGAUGUAUGCUCAGUAGAAACUUGACUGCGUGUGCUUACACAAUCCAUAGUCCAUUUAUCUAUGUCUUACUAAAUAUGGAAUGACUGGAAAGGUUAAAACCUGCCUUUGAUCUAUAUAAUGUGCCUUUGUGAUAGGGUCUAGGUGUUCUUUCUAGAUAGGGCUAUCAAGUUUAGAGAUACAGAACCUGUGUGGUGCACAUGAGGGUCUUAAGAAUAAUGAAGACUGUCUCCUCUCAAGAAGCUGUACCACCAACACAGUCUUAACUUGGAUCCAGCUGUAAGUCCAGAUGUUGAUAUUGAUUAAUUCUAAUAAAAUUAAUAACAUAUUUU